UCCAACGCACAUAUCUCGAACACAUCUCUCUCAUACAUCUCCCUACAAACAUCCCCACACAUCUUCCAUUGCACGCGUCUACCACUGCAUACAUCUCUAACUAAUUUCCCUCCAUACAGUACACUCUAUCCCACAUCUUGAAUCGACACACCUCCCUCAACACACCUUCCCGCUACAUCUCCCUCCCUGUAAUAUUUUCCCCCCUCCAAAUAUUUUUCACAUUCAUCUUUUGUUCUCAGUGUGGAUUUGGCCUCCGCCGCGCGUCGCAUACAGAUCAGCUGGGGUGUAGAAAUCCGCGGAAGCACAGAUCAUAUGGGAUUUAGAAAUGCGAGGGAAUGCAUACAGAUCAGCUGGGAUUUAGAAAUCUGAAGGAGCGUCUCCAGACCAGCUGGGAUUUAAAAAUCCGCGGAAGCGCAUACAGAUCAGCUGGGAUUUUGAAAUCUGAAGGAGCGUAUACAGAUCAGCUGGGAUUUAGAAAUCCGCGAAAGCGCAUACAGAUCAGCUGGGAUUUAGAAAUCUGAAGGAGCGUAUACAGAUCAGCUGGGAUUUAGAAAUCCGCGAAAGCGCAUACAGAUCAGCUGGGAUUUAGAAAUCUGAAGGAGCGUAUGCAGAUCAGCUGAGAUUUAGAAAUCCGCGAAAGCGCAUACAGAUCAGCUGGGAUUUAGAAAUCUGAAAGAGCGUAUACAGAUCAGCUGGGAUUUAGAAAUCCGCGAAAGCGCAUACAGAUCAGCUGGGAUUUAGAAAUCUGAAGGAGCGUAUACAGAUCAGCUGAGAUUUAGAAAUUCGCGAAAGCGCAUACAGAUCAGCUGCGAUUUAGAAAUCUGAAGGAGCGUAUACAGAUCAGCUGGGAUUUAGAAAUCCGCAAAAGCGCAUACAGAUCAACUGGGAUUUAGAAAUUACGCGGAAGCGCAUACAGAUCAGCUGAGAAUUAGACAUCUUCGGAACGCUAAAACUCCACCAACAAGAUUGCGAAAUAGACUGGAGGAGCGGAGGGAUACACAUUUGUAGACAGGAGCUGGCUGUCCAAUCAGUCACGAGCACUCGCUCUCCCUCUACCUCGAACCCCCCUAUCCAACCAUUAAACACAUCAUGAUUAGAUGCUACUGCAUUAGCAAAGGAUUCUCGCCCCCUCCUCCUCGUCGCCACCACCACCAUGGUGCAGCUCGGGAAACCGCGAGUCAAGGAGUCCAAGGAGCUCAAGGGGAGCCAGGAGGGGGGUGCCCCCCCUCUCCAGGGUGGGGGGCCCCCGCCCGGCCUUACAGUCCUCGACGUGGAGCAGCUCGAGUACUCCGUGUGCGAGGAGAGCCCCGUGAAGACGCGCACGGCGUUUGACCCGGCGCGCGAUGGCCGCCUGCACCGCGUCACGGAGCUCACCAUCGACAUCGGAGAGGCGGCCUCCGACAGAUUCAAGGCCACGGUGCUGAUCUUCUUCGCGCUCGCGUUUCUCUCCUGCGUCGUGUUCCUCGUCGUCUACAAGGUCUACCGCUACGACCAGGCCUGCCCCGAGGGCUUCAUCGUCAAGCACAACCGCUGCGUGCCGGGUGGCGCCGUCCACUCUGGGGGGUCGGGGAGCCUCGACGCUCGCUUCUACUCCCUCGUGGCUCACUCGGCGCAUUCCCGCUCCACGCUGCCACGCUCCGUCUCUCCUUGGAUCGAGUCGCUCUUCACGCACAACAGGCAACACAACGGCGCCGGCUAGGAGGGCCCCGCGGGUGGUGGUGAUGGUGUCACGGUGGAGCCAGAUUCAUCCCCCGCAUCAUCCUAAUCAUCCUCAUCAUCCACCUCAUCAUCACCCCACUCAUGCCUGGCUACACUCACUCGAUCACCUACUCACCGACUCACUCAUCUCCAUAUCACUCUUUUAUCGCUACUACCAUGUUUACUGUUCCAGGUAACUUUGCUCACUGAUUCACUAGAGCCAUUCACCAGAAGUGAGUUAUCUCCUUAUUCACUCACCCACUCACUCAGCAAACUGCAGGUCACCUCACUUCUCAUUCUGCAACUCCCUCGCACUGCUCCACUUUUGAAUUCCCUCUCCAGUCGUCAUCAUUGUAUUUCUUGCUUCGGCUCCUAUCACCAUAAUAACCGUGCUCAAUUCAAGAAACGCGUUCAUUAUUCUAUAUUAACCACUUCAAUAGUGCUGUUUGUUGCUGGCCGCUUGGCGGGCUGGCCAUUUGGGCCCUGUGCUCAGCCACUGUUUAAACAAAGAUAAAUAAAAACACGAGACUUUAAUCCAAGUGGCGUUUGAGGGGGGGGCUGAAAUGAUGGUAGUUAUUAACUUAUUUCGUAUUUGGGGCUCAACUCUGCUCCUCGUGUUGCGAUCUCCGAUCCUAGUGGAGAUCCCCUAUGGCACGCAAACGCGUGUACAUGAUGUGUGUGUAGCGUCACCCAAACUCUGUGUAAGUGUCGUUCGGCUCAACCGGGGUUGUUAAAUCGGCUAUGUUUUUGUAACCGGUAACCGCGUGCAAAAAUGGUGAGAAACCGGUUCGUACCGGUUUGUGAGCGGCAUAUACAGGAACGAUCAGAACAGCAACACGAACCACGUCCCGUGGGGCUCCGUAGCUGAGACACGAAGGCCGCUGCCACCAACGCGGCGUAGCGCUUCGCAGCAACGCAACUCGCGACCCACAGGGGCGCGGGGUCGGUUCCAUCUCCCGGCGCGGCAGCUGAAACAGUGGAGCAAGUUUGUCAUAAAGAUGCACCUUGUGACUGAGAGACGAAGGUAAAUGUCCCACGCCGUGCCGUGUGCAUGUUUGGUCGUGCCACCCCCAGGCACGCGUCGCCGUCACGGCUACUGCAAGGAUCCCACCGUGUCCGUCCAGUGCUCGCCGAGCCGCAUUCAUCUGUGCCGAUGGGCGCGUUCAUGACGAACAUUCCCACUGGAGCCGGCUUUCGGCUCGUGACUCUCUAAACUGGUUACCGUUUCUGACAGCGGUUACCGGUUUAGCGGUGAAUGUUUACCAACCUCGGCGGUUUCGACUCGGUGGGCUUUGCCGUGCCAAAUUUUGAUACAAAACUCCCUGCCCCCCUCCCUCCCCGGGCAGCAGCAGCGCCCCCCCCCCCCCCCCCGUGGUUGUCGUAGUUCGUCGCGUCUUUGUGCUGCCCUCAUCGCUUGCGCCGUCGUGAAGGUCGCUGUGUAGGUCACGAGCUUACGGGGCAGGCAGCACGCCUCCUGCACACCUCUGCCCCUCCGCAUGAACCCACGUAGUCUUUAUUUACACACGCCAUCGUCCGCACGACCUUCCUUCUGGGUGUGCGCCCUCAUCUUUUGUGUCAGACGAAGAAGAGCCGACACGGCGAGUCCUCGCUGAUGCACAUGGGGCAGUUCAUAUGCAUUGACUCAAGCAAGCCUGCCUCUGCUGAUGGGACACCGAAUGUAGAAACCGGUCGAGUUUUGCUUGAGUUGGACUGAUGCUGUUGAUGUGAUCAUCCAGAAGGGAGGCGAUUACACGAUCGUGUGGCUGAUGGGAUGCGUUUAGAAAUAUACUUGUGCUUUGUAUCUCUGUGGAGGGACGGAUAUGUGGAGCAUGAGGCGUGUUGUCUGCUUGCUUGCUGUGUACUCGCGUUGUGUGUAGUUCGCGACUUAAGUAAAGAUCGCACAUUCACUCUUAUCUUUACAAUACAUUAUCGUUGAUUGAUCACA